GGGAGAGAGAGAGGGAGGGAGAGAGGGAGAGAGAGAGACGGGGUGGACGAGGGGAAUGACUGAAGAAUUGAAUUUGUCUCUACUUCAUGCUGCUGGAAAGAGAGCGAGAGAGAGAGAGAACAUGAGAGAAAGUAAAGAGGAGAGGAAGACUCGCACUGUCGCUCCUGUGUUUAUUGCCCGCUGCUCUAAUGCAAAGUGACUGUGGGUUUAGCAACACAUGACUGAACUGAAAGACUCGCUUUCCACUGUUUCUGGGUGGCUUUAGCAUGCCUCCGCUCUUUUUGAACAUUUUUGUGUGUGCUUGAUUAUUUUGUAAUUUUUUUUUUAUGCGUUGGAGCCUAUCUGACUUUUGGAGGGAGGACCCAGAGGAACUCUACUUUCAAUUACACCACUGUGGUUUAUGUUUUGUUUUUAUUGUAUUUUUUUCCACAAGAAAGGACAGCAGAGACAGAGGACAGGACAAGAGAACAAAGGAGAGGAGAGGAGAGGAGAGGAGGAGAGGAGAGGAGCGCUCCAGAGGGAUCCGGCAUUAUUGAAAUAUCCCAUGAAGGAAAACGAGAAGCGGUUGGAACGAGCAUCACUGCUGAUUAACCAGAGGGUGAAGGAUCGUUCUGGACUGUCUCCAGGACUUCAGCAGCGAUAGAGAAACCAUGAAGUGUGCAGGAGUGUGAAGUCUGCUGACAAACACAAACAAGUUUUACACUCUGGAAAACAAGAGGAAGGGAGCACGACUUCCUCUGACAUCAUGAGUGCUCCGCCUACGGGAAGCCCAAAUAUGGAGGUGGAGGUGGUCUCCCAGGAGAUGGCGUUGCUUAGCAACCUGCUGGCAGCUUACACCUUCAUUGCAGACCAGCCAGAGAGGACGGCGCUGGUGUUCCUGGGCGGCGUGUGUGUCGGCCUCUUGGUCACACUCUGUGCCAUCGUCUUCCAGAUACACUGUCGAGCCGACUGCCACUAUGGCAACAGCCAGCAUCCUCACCAUCGCCGUGGCAACAGGCAUCACCAUCGCCACCUCCACCACCACUGUCCCCGCCAUCAGCCCGGCGACAGUAACCCUGACAACAACAACAUGGCCGUUGUUGUUGCCUCUGGGGGGGCGGGGCCUGGCGGGGAGAGCGAAUCAGAGGACUGGGACGAUACGUCAGAUCUGUCGGCACGGCGACGGAGACGCUUUGAAAGGGCUCUGCUGCACACCAGUGUCUUCACUUCAGCUGAGGAGCUGGACCGAACCCAGCGGCUGGAGGAGAGGGAGAGGAUCCUCCGUGAGAUCUGGAUGAACGGACAACCAGACAUCAGCACAGUCAGCCAAAGCCUGAACAGAUAUUACUGACAGAUGGCACACACACAGAAACAGACAGACUUUUGCACAGAAGGGCAGACUAACGGAAAGCAGAUGGACUGAUGCAGGGGAUGACAGGAGAGUAAACAGGUAGACGGGUUAGGUAGACAGAUAGGUGGACAGACAGACCAAGCAGGCUCAGCAGAUACAUAAAUAUGAACACGGACCAAAGGGAGACACAGACUCUAAGUGACAGCAGUGCCUGGAGGACAGUCCACUGUGUAAACAACAAGGAAAAUAUGCGGAUCAGUCCUCCAGUAUGGGACAGGACUGAAAUAUCUGGAAGAGAAAAAUGCCCUGAUGCUGUGAAAAAACACAGUGGAGCCCCUGGUCACACCUGCUGCAUCUGCGUGUGUGUGUGUGAAAGAUCAUAAAAGCCGGUUGCAAGUUUUUCCACAAAUCCAACUCUACCUGCAGACCUGUGAUGUCUUACAAUGUGUAAGUACUGUCAAAAAAUGACUAUUAAGUAAAAAAAAAAAAAAAAAGUUUAACGAUACAGAUGUUUUUAUAAGAUUUUUAAUCAAACGUUUCUAAAAGAUGCUUAUGAGAGUUGAGGAAGCAGAGGGAGGCUUUAAGUCCGGUGGCUUAAUCUGCAGCUGUUCAUGUUCAUGUAUUUGUGAGUGUACGGGUUCAAAUCCUGCUCUUCUCUCAGCUCAUAUUUGGGUGAAUUAAUGCAAUAUACUCAAGGGACAUGGACUAAAAAUAUCUUUAAAAUGAAAUAGAAAAAAAGAAAAAAGCCCAGAUGAGCCGAGAGGCAGAUGUCCAACUUCUACUUUGUGAAGGAGGACAAAAGCCUGUGCACAUACACAUACAGGAAAUGAACGAGGAGCUGCUUGUACUCAAUAAAUUAAACUGAAUGCUUCCUAAGAAAAGACUGUGGUAAAACAGUUGAUAAGAAAUAGUCUUGGAGAUCAGGUGUAAUUCAACAAGUCGUGUUUUAGUGUAAUCGGUGGGAUGCUGCAGGUGUUUAUUUGCACAUUUCAACCAGACAGGUUCAAACUAAUAUUGGGCUCUUACACUUGAUCAGGAGAGUCGGUCAUUGUGUUUGAAAGGAUCAUCCUGGGUUUCAUUUUGAUCCGGGUCUUAAUGACAUGAAAUAUAGGCUAUAAUCAAAUUAAAUUCCUUGUUUUUA